CACGUGUUGCCGGUUCACUGACGCAAAAACUCCGCGACUCCUGCUCUUUCCUCCAUGUGAAUGUCGCCGUCGCUGCUGUUCUCAUAAAAGCUGGUUUGACAAGGUGCACUGCUCAGGUGAGGUGUGGGGCAGAUGCUUUGACUGGUUGUUGAAUACAGGAAAUCCUCUUUUCAAAAUGACCACCAGGCUGCUGUGCAGAUGGGCGCGAUUGUUUCCUCGCUGUCCUCAGGCUGCUACAGCCUCAUCCCGACUACAGACCUCCACAGUCCACCAGACUGAACCGAUGUGCCAGAUGUCCCUGUCUUGGAUCCGUCCUUCUGCUAGACACCUCUGUCAGAGCAGUGAACUAGCUAGGAUGGAGGAGACGACGACAUUGCCAUAUGAGCAAACACAACUAGUUCGACUUGUUGAAAAGGCAUCCACCCCAGAGGAAGUGCUUCAGUUGUGGGCAGAGCAUGGUGGAUCUGCCGGCGAUGCUGCCAGGUGUCUUGUCCAGCUGAACCUGCGGGUCAUGGAGAAGGGUGGCAAAGGGAUCCUACAGGAUCCGCGGUGCGUGAGCAUGCUGGAGACAGUUCACUCUCAGGUGUCCUCGGUGUGGAAUGGUUCUCUGGUGGGACUUCUGCGUGCUCUUACUAUGUUGGGUCCGUCUGAUGCCCCUCUACUCUGCUCCAUUCAGAAUGAAGUGCUCUGGAGGAUCCGGCGUCUCACUUACCGGCACCUGGCAUACCUGAUGGACUGGGUAGCCUUUCAACAAAGACGAGGGUAUGAAAAUGAAGCACUUACCAAAGCCCUGCUGAAACAGCUGGAGCUGCGCUGGACAGAGCUGUGUGACAGUCGUACCGUCAGCAUUCUCAUGGGCCGUGCUUCACUCUUCACCCCCUCUCUCUUGGACAAACUGGAGGACAAAGCUCUGGAGUUGGCAGAGAGCUUCAGCGCUGAGGAUAUCCGGAGGGUGGCCUUUGCACUGGCCUCUCAAAACAGACGAGCCGUUCCUUUAUUACGUGCUCUCUCAUACCACCUGAACCAGAAACCCUCUUUUGAACUAAAAACACCAUUGCUGCUUGACAUUGCAUAUGUUUAUGGUAAGCUGAAUUUUCACCAGACACAAGUGCUCCAGAGAAUAGCGGCAGAGCUGUUGCCUAGGUUAUCAGAACUGAGUUCCCUCGACGUCACCCGCUGUGCCAAGUCUCUAGCCUUUCUCAAGUGGCUCCACUUGCCUAUGUUUGAAGGCUUUGCUCAGCACUAUGUGAGUAACAGUGAAAACUACAGCACUCUGCAGGUGUGUAAUCUCCUCAUGUCUUUCGCCAAACUCAACUUCCAACUCGGUAAAGGAGAGGAGUUUUACCAAAAGGUACACAAAGCUUUGGAAGGUUCCUUUCAGAAUUUAGAGCCAUUCCUGAAAACAGACGUGGUCUGGUCGCUGUGUGUGCUGAACCAGGCCAAUCCUUAUUACAUCUCCUCUGUUGCCCAGUAUGACUUUCUGAAGAAACUUACAGGAGGCAUUGUGGAUCGGACUGAGACCUAUCGGCUGAAAUUGCUCCAUAUCUCUGCCUUUAUUCAGCUGGAGCCUCUAGGAAUCACUACCGAAUCCCCCACUGUGCUGCUGCCAGCCCCCCAGACCAAAGUGGAGGUCAGCACCCCUCUGCAGAGCAGCCUUCACACAGCCCUCCAGAGCCUGACAAACGGCCGGACACAGGCCCUCCGCACUGCUGUCAAAACCAUAUACGGAUGGACAAUAGAUGGAGAGCUUAUGGUAGAUUCAGAAAAUAAGCCUAUUGAUUUGGAGAACUUGAAAGCCCCUCAUUUACCCGGAGGUGGUGAACGUGAUGCCUUACCUGCAGGGGCACGGAGGAUAGCAUUUGUGGCUUGGGAGUUUCCUAACUUUUGUCUCAGGAGCAAGGAUCUGCUGGGCCGCUUUGCCAUGCAGAAACGUCACCUACAGCUGGCUGGGUUCAUAGUGGUGGAGGUGCCUUACUUUGAAUGGCUGGAACUGAAGUCCGACUGGCAGAAAGUGGCUUACUUGAAAGACAAAUUAGGGAAGGCAGUGGCUGAGGACAUGGCUAAAUGAGCCGUCAAGCCUGUCAGUAACUUAAAAUGCUUUUGACACAGGCUGCUCAUAGACAUCAACAGCGCCAGACAAUAACAUCACUUACAGGUGAGGGAAUGACAUCGAUAUCAAGUACUACAUAUACACACAACAGAGAGAUUGCCGCAGCAUCCUCAAGUCCCAUAACCCACCUGAACAUCAGAGUGGAAAUCAAAUGCGUCUGGAAACUGUGAUCAAUCUCUGCAGGAACAGAAAGCAGAGCCUCCAGAAAUCAGCAGAUGCUCGGAAGCAACAGAGUUGUGUAUCCACUGCCUUCCCAAACAAGAAACACUGAGCCAAAGAGUUAGGCAUAUGUUAUAAACCAAAGCUUGACUGAUCUGAAGAGGCAUAAGCAGUGUUCACCACAGGGGGAAACUAAAUAAUCAGAGCUUUGUGUUAAUUGUCCACAUCCUCACAAACAAAUGGAUGUUCAUACUCUCUCCUUCCACUUAUAAUAAAUACAUAAACCUUCUGUUUUUGAUGCAGUUGCCUAGACAACACAUGGGGCUUUCCUUGCUGCCAUGGAGACUGUUAUGUUCAGAAUAUUUAUGGCGAAAGGAAUUGAAAGUUCAAUACUUAAAAAGUACUUUUAUUACACUUAGAAAAUGUAAAAUAACUUCUUGCUUCACCUAAUAUCUGAGCAUAUGUAAAUAUGCUUGUGAUUUAAUGAAAUAUAUGUAAAACAAGGCGCUAUGUAAGAUUACAUAUUGGAUUUUAAUAUUUUUCUUUAAAUAUUUAUUUUGGAAAGGUUGUCAUUGCAUUUUGGUUAUGUUGCAGACCUGUUAUUUGCUGUUGCGUAAGCCUGACUUGUCAGUCUUCAUGGAGAAUAGACCUUCCUGUUGAAAUCUCGAAAGCUUUUGUGCAGAGCAUGGAUUUGUCAUUUAGACUUUCACCUCAGUUUUGCAAUGUGUGGUAUCAAUAAUAAAAACUAAUCUCAUAAUUUCACCAAAGAGCAUAUGGUGACUUAUUGCUGUAUUUUGCUGAAUGUGGUUUGUUAAUGUUGGCUGUCUGUCUGCAGUCAUGCUGUGAUGUUCUAGAUCUCAAAAUAUUUUGUGCAAUGAGCAUAGAAUUCUGAUGAAAUAAAAUUCGGAUAAAUG